AUGGAUCGGUUUAAUGCUCAAAAUACCCAGGAUGAAAAUUUCUCUUUUCUUGAAUAUUCUGGUGGCGAUACUCAGGCGUCUCAGUAUGAUUAUAAUGAGUUUUCCCUUGACUCAACUUUAAAUUCGCAACAAACUCUCGACGGCUCUCAGUCGCAGUUUAUUGAGCCUGAUUUAACAGGUGUUGACGAAAUUGACCCAUUUCAAGAUUUAGCAAUUGUUGAAAGAGAAUUACCAGAACAUGCUUGCAGGUACCCGUUUACCAUUUUCAAAAGUGUAGGAAAUACAUCUGGUUCUCAUAUAAUUAACCAUCUUGUUCGAGCCAAACAUAAAGAAGUUGCUUUGCACCCUGACUCGACUCUUGGUGAAACUACACUUGAAUGUUAUAAUUGUGGCAAGGAUAUGAAUUGGGAUACUUCCCAAUGGCUUCCCCUUAUAGAUGAUCGAUGUUUCCUUCCAUGGCUUGUUAAAGUCCCUAGUGAGCAAGAACAACUUCGUGCUCGGCAGAUCACAGCGCAUCAGAUCAACAAACUCGAGGAAUUAUGGAAAGAUAACACGGAAGCAACACUUGAAGAUUUGGAAAAACCCGGUAUUGACGAUGAACCUCAACCUGUCUUAUUAAGAUAUGAAGAUGCUUAUCAAUAUCAAAAUAUUUUCGGACCUUUGGUUAAAAUGGAGGCUGAUUAUGACAAAAAGUUAAAAGAAUCUCAAACUCAGGAUGAUAUUGUUGUUCGUUGGGAUAUCGGUUUAAAUCAAAAACGUAUAGCAUGGUUCUAUUUACCAAAGUUAGAAUCUGGAGAGGUUCGUUUAGCUGUUGGAGAUGAGUUAAGACUGAGAUAUAGGGGUGAAUUGCAUCAAUCAUGGGAAUGCGUUGGUCAUGUCAUCAAAAUUCCAAAUAAGCUGAACCAUUCACAAGUAUAUGCUGUGAAAAGCGUUCUGCAAAAGCCACUUAGCCUUAUUCAAGGUCCACCUGGAACCGGAAAAACUGUCACGUCGGCUACUAUCGUUUACCACCUUGCCAAGAUGAAUCCUGGUCAAGUGUUGGUUUGUGCACCGUCAAAUGUCGCUGUCGAUCAAUUGACGGAAAAAAUACAUGCAACCGGACUUAAAGUAGUUCGUCUCACUGCAAAGUCACGUGAGGCGUUAGAUUCGCCAGUGUCGUUUCUUACUUUGCAUGAACAAGUGCAUAAUAACGAUACAAAUGUUGAAUUACAAAAAUUAAUUCAAUUAAAGACUGAACAAGGGGAAUUAAGUAGUUCUGAUGAGAAAAAAUAUAAAGUUUUGAAACGUGCCUGCGAAAGAGAGAUUUUACAGUUUCGUACCGUGUUGAUUGAUGAAGCCACACAAGCAACUGAACCUGAGUGUAUGAUACCACUUGUUCUCGGUUGCAAGCAAGCUGUCCUUGUAGGUGAUCAUCAACAGCUUGGUCCUGUCAUAAUGAACAAAAAGGCUGCUAGAGCUGGUUUAUGCCAAUCACUUUUCGAGCGGCUUGUCAUUUUAGGCAUCCGGCCUAUUCGUUUACAAGUUCAAUAUCGUAUGCAUCCUUGUUUAUCUGAAUUUCCAAGUAAUAUGUUCUAUGAGGGAUCCUUGCAAAACGGUGUCACGACCCAAGAACGUUUGCCUUCAAAUUGUGAAAAAGUGGUUACCAAAUUUUUAAAAUCGGGAAUAUUGCCAACUCAAAUUGGAAUUAUUACUCCUUAUGAAGGACAACGUAGUUACGUUGUUAGUUAUAUGCAAUUUAAUGGUUCUUUGCGCAAAGAUUUAUACAAAGAGAUCGAAGUAGCUAGUGUUGAUGCAUUUCAAGGGCGUGAGAAAGAUUAUAUAAUUUUGAGCUGUGUUAGAAGUAAUGAACAUCAAGGAAUUGGUUUCUUAAACGAUCCUCGAAGGUUGAACGUGGCUUUAACUAGAGCACGUUAUGGUGUUGUGAUUUUGGGAAAUCCAAAGGUCUUAAGCAAGGAAAAGGAUUGUUUAGUAGAAGGACCUUUAAAUAAUUUGAAAGUUAGUAUGAUACAAUUUAGUCGACCUCGUAGAGCUUAUCGAAAGGACGAUAAGUUUCGACAAGGAUUGGCUCAUCAGAUUGAUGCACGUGAGGCUUUUGCAAAGCCACCUCUUGCUAGUGAAAUUGGUUAUAUUCCAUCAGACAUGAGUUCAAUUCCAUCAUCAUCUCAAUUUAGUAUCCCGUUGCUUCCUACUCCAAAUGGGCCUUUUACUCAAGAUUUAUCUCAAAGCAGUAUUUCUAGCAGAAAGAACUCUAAACAACAGCAAAACUCUUCAUAUAAUGGUUAUUCACACUCGCUCUCAUCUCAAGGCCCUCUUACUCAGAAUGCUUAUAGCAGUCAAGGAUCAAUGAGUCUUGCAUUAUCACAAUCUGACCGCCUCCGGAUGAUGGAGAAUUCGAAUUCCUCUUUGGGUCAUGGCUCCAUCAUGUCUCAGGAUAGCUCGAUUGGAUAUUUAGACGAUUACAAGAGUCAAGGAGAUGAUACUAUUUUGAGUCAAGAUUUUGAAAUUCGAUCUCAAUCUGGAUAUCA